CCAAUUCAUUUCAUUCUCUGGUUCAGUUCCACCAUGGCACAUCCCAUUUUGUUGCUUGGACUUUUGAUAAUAGCUUACUUAAGUGGUUCUCAAGCUGGAAAUGCCUUCUCACAAUAUUGGGAAGAGAAUAUUGGUCUUUCACAUCCUCCACAUUGGUUAGCUUCAAAGGCUUCUCCAUUAAGCCUCAAUCAAGUAUCAAUGUUUAUGAAACUAAUGGAGGAAAAUGAAUUAGCUUCUCACCUGCAUUCAUUCUGUAAGUUGGCUAAUGUUGCUUGUUCCACAAAUUCACUGGUGAAGGAGACCAUUAAUGAUACAAUCCUGCCACCAAUAGCCCAAUGGAAUGAUGAUAAACUGAAAUAUGAUGACCUUCCAAAUGAAACACCCUUGUCUGUUGCCAGCCAAGGGGGAUUGCCAUAUUUUCGGAAAUCAAUGGUGAAAGAAGGAGGCUUCAUGCCUAUCCCUGAUCUAAGGGACCCAAUGUCAUAUAAAUCGUUUUUACCGCGAUCUCUAGCAUCAAAAAUCCCAUUUGCCUUUUCGCAGAUCAAGGAAUUGAAGAAGAUUUUUAAUGUGUUAGAUGAAUCAAACAUGGAUGAGUAUAUUCAAGAGACCCUCGAGGUAUGUGAGAAUAACCCCAUUCGAGGUGAGCAAUGCACUUGUGCGACUUCUGUUGAGGAUCUCAUUGAUUUUGUUGUCGAGAAAUUAGGGCAUUAUGUACGCGUAUGGAGUACUGAGAAUGUCGAAGGAUCUUAUGAGAAUGUCACAAUUGGAGCUGUGAAACUCAUCCAUGGAAACCUCUCUGAAUCACCAGCCUUAUGUCAUAGUCUACCAUUCAUAUUUCAAAUCUAUUAUUGCCAUAUUUUACAGAAAGUAAAAGUAUAUGCAGUUGAUAUACAUGCUAGGAAGAAGGUGAAUCAUGCAAUCAUGGCAUGCCAUUAUGACACAUCAACUUGGAAUCCCGACCAUCUUUCUUUCAAAUUGUUAGGUUUUGGCCCAGGCCUAAUUGAAGUUUGUCAUUGGAUAAAUGAGAAUGGAAUGGUCUGGACAAAGACUAUAUAGGUUGAGUAGCAUUUGAAGAUUUGAUUCUAUUUCUAUUCUCUUGUUUGUGUUACAUGUUACUGCUUAUGCCAUUUGAAGGAUAAAUAAUGACCUAUUUCUUGUUU